AUGGAAAAACUUCCGCUUGAACUGAAGCAGCGUAUCUGUAGCUUCCUUCAUGCCAACCCGCGGCUGCUCAAACCCAUUCGACUGGUGUCCAAAGAGUUUGCAUCUGCUGCUGCGCCCUACCUGAUACCGCGACUCUUCCUCUUUCGCCAUCCAGACAGUUGUGCAGAAGUCAAGGAGAUUGCUGAGCACCCAGUCUUCAGCAAGCACGUCACAACCCUUGUUGUGGACCUCAGUAUUUUGAAGUCUCAAUCAAAGUUCCAAACCUGGAUCGAUGACCACGACCACCUUCAACAUGCCUACCCCGACUGGUGGGAUUUCAAGCCUGAAGAUGUUGAAUAUGACGAAGAUGGCGAUCCGCUACUAAGCAAUUCUCAGUCUCGCGCUAAGUGGAUGCACUCAUGCAGGGAGUUCGAUAAGGAAGCCAAAAGAGUCACCAAGAGACUCAUGAAGUCUCAAGAGAAGUACUGGAAGGCCCAGCAGAUCCUGGCUGCAAAAUUGUCGGGUGGCGAGUUUCGACGUCGCUUCUUCAAGACUAUUCAUCUUGCCUUCAGGAUGUGUCCCAACCUCAGCAACAUAGUGAUUGCCCCACCACAACCAUGCGAGCCUACCCUCGGCAAGAGGUAUCAUAUGUUCGAGGCUAUCCACCCGUCCAAAGGCUCUUGGAUCGAGUCUAAGUCGCAUGAUCCCUCUGACUUUGAGAUGACCGACUUGAUGCAAGCUGUACACAACACUGGAAUUGAUCUGAACUCCUUGACCAUCAUCGAUUUCCCAUUCAGGUGUGCUGACUACUCCAAGGACGGAGACCUGUUGUUUCUUGGGCGUUUGAAGCAUAUCCGCAUCGGCUGGAAUCGUCUUGAUAACAACCCAAAGACCGAGUUCGGCUUCGACCUCGAGAAAGCUCUGCGUAAGACACACUCACUGGAGACCAUCUGGAUAGAGAUGCCGCCUCUAAUACACAGAAAAGAAGAAUACAUCGCGAAUGAUCUGCUGGAUGCAAUGAGCUUUGAGUGCCUUCGUGACGUCCUGCUCGACAACCUCUCUGUCUCCGAAGAUUCGCUAGUCAAUUUCCUGCUCCGCCAUUCGGAGACAUUGGAAAUGCUAUCCCUCAGCGUCACACUGACCGAUGGAAGUUGGGCAUCAACUUUCAGACGUAUCUCAAUGCAGAUGAAGGCCCUGGUGCGUGUGCAGUUCCUCAGUCUGGUUCAGAGGGUCUUGAACGUGCCCAAGAUGACCUCUCCUGGCUGGUGCACAGAUGCGAUAGACUGUGUCCUGCGCGGAGAAGCUCUUUCUGAGCCGGAAUACUAUCACUUGCAUGAAGCAUUCGAGGAGUACGUAUUCAAUGAAGGCUGUGAAGGUCCUAGAAGGGAGCACGAUCUGCCAGAGGAUGGACUGUGGGAGGACUUUGAUGGAAAUGUGAACUUUUGUUUCUGAAAAGGCGCAAAGUGGAAGACAGUCGCGGCAAAAGUCUGACAAAAACGGGGAGUGGGAAAGGCGGGCAGUUGUAGCUACUGCUGAUGAAGAGAAGAACAUGGACAAGGCUGAGCAUAUCAUGAAGGAGGUUUGCUGAUGACAGCUUUAGCUCGGACACUUCGCUGUGAACAUCAGAGGCUACCAAAGUAGCAGAUAGCUGUACUCAAAUCAAC